ACCAAAAUAUCCCUUGAGGGACAUAUAAAUGUGGUAUAGCUGAAAGAUCUCUCUCCUCAGUCCUAAAUUUCCAGUCUUCGCAAACUCAAAAUCUAGAGUGACAAUGGCAGAGACUAAUGAGGUUGAAGCCCUCACCAGAGCUUUCUCAGGUUUUGGUGUGGAUGAGAAAUCAUUUGUAGCAAUAUUGGGGAAAUGGCAUCCGGAGCAGAGGCAAUCCUUCAGGAAAGGAACUCAAUUCUUUGUACAAGACGAACGCUCCUUCGAGAGGUGGGCUGACGAACAUGUCAAGAAACUCAGCCGUGAAUUUCUACGUUUUAAGAGCGCGGUGGUGCUAUGGACGAUGCACCCGUGGGAAAGAGACGCGCGUCUGAUGAGAGACGCCGUGAUCGACGGUUCAAAAUCGUACAACGUGGUGGUGGAAAUAGCGUGCACUCGGACGUCGGAGGAGCUUCUGGGAGCGAGGAGGGCCUACCACUCCAUCUUCGACCGCUCCAUCGAGGAAGACGUUGCUUACAACGCCGACGGGGUUGAACGCAAGCUAUUGGUCGCACUGGUUAGCGCCUACCGCUACGAAGGUACAAAGGUUCACGAAGACGUCGCGAAAUUGGAGGCCAAGACACUCUGUGGUGCCAUUAAAAAUGGAGCUAAGAAGAACCCAAUGGAAGAUGAUGAUGUAGUGAGGAUACUGUCGACCAGAAGCAAGCCCCAUCUUGUUUCAGUCUUCAAACACUACAAGGACAUCUCUGGCAAGACCCUCGAUGAGGACCUUGUUGCUGAUUCAAGCUUAAAAGAUACUGCACAAUGCAUAUCUACACCUCAUACUUACUUCAUCAAGGUUUUGGAUGAUGCGAUGAAUCCUACUGCAGACGAGAAUACAAAAGAGGGCUUGACUCGGGUGAUAGUAACCCGAGCAGACCACGACAUGAAAGUGAUCACAGAAGAGUAUCAUAAGCAAAAGGGAGUUACAUUAACUGAGAGGAUUGAGCACAUGGCUAAUGGAAACUUCAAGGACUUCUUGCUUACUUUGCUUGCAAGAGGAGGGUUUAAUUGAGCAGAAUUGACCCCUAUACUUGGUACCAAUCAAUGAGUUUGUUCUGUUAUUUUUUCUCAGGCAUUGUUUCUGAUUUCCUCUGCUUCCAAUCUUGUUUUGGUGAUUGUUAUGUGGUUUCUGAAGCAAUAAUCUUUGUCAUCAUUGUCUUAUUUGGUGUUUUAAUGUGCAAGACUUUGUUGAUGA